CCCAAAUUCUAGUGACCAGCAGCACUGUUUUUCAAAGUAGCUCACCCUGAGAUAGGCUAUUGCCAAGAGGAGCGCAUUGGCCAUCACCGUGAGUAGUAGUCUAUGGUGUCUUCAUUAUACGUGAGUCAGUGUGCCCCUGGAAAUUGUAUUUAAUUGCCCAAUGUAGUAAUAUAUAAAUAAAAACACUAUUCAAACAGGAAUGCUGCUUUAACAUACUAAAUUACAAUUUUGGGGAAGGAAAAUAAUUUCACUCAUGUUGUAAAUUAUAGGUCAUAUUUCAUAGAAAUCUGGAAACACUGGGCAUUUACUUUAAUAAGAUUUAGACAUGCAUGGGUCACUUACCCGAAACCUCCCCUGUGCGCCGUUUGCUAUCGAGUUGAUGUCCUCACCAAUACCCCGCCCUCGAUUCCUAUUUUCAGGAUCUUGCGUGUCCUGUACUUCAACCUCAUCAGGUCCACAGAUGGAUAUUUCUCUGUUAUGUAGCCGCGAAUGGCCUGUGAGGAGACGAUUCGAGAGUCCAACUCCUUCAGCGCUUCAUUAACCAACACCAUCGUGGGUGGAUGAAGAUGAGUUUUUCGUGCCACAGCAGGCGCUUUGCUGGAUUCUAACAAUGAAAUUGACAAAUGUAUCAACCGUGAUCUAACCAAAUAUCCGUUACUUUUUCAGCGGUUGCUGCUUUUUUAGGUGGCAUGAUUAAACGGUUAAUAUGAAAAUAAAAACAUUAGUUUAAAAACAGCAACUGCAUUCUCAGCCUACACACGUUCAAUGUUAUGCACUUCAAGCAAAGCACGCGGUUUAUCUGAACGGGCGCUGAAAUGUAGGUACCAGACAGAGCAUUAAAGGUAAACUAAUCACUCCGAGUAGUGUGAACUCGCUUUUUCUUCUCUCCUCCGUUCCUUCCUUCCAUCCAUGCUUUCCUUUACUGCGUUUAUCAGUUUACCGUCACUGCUCUGGCAUAUUAUUAAACGUGACUCACCAAACAUAAAUGAAAUAUGAAAACCCUUGCAGGGUUUUUGUAGUUAAACAUUGUGCAGCUGUUAAAAACUUAAAACAAAAGUCAAAGAUAAAUAUUUUUCUCCGAAAGAAAAGUUAGUUUGUUGGUUUUAGAAAUGGAAUUGCCUGCAAUAAUGAUUCAAAAUACAAUUUGUUGAAGACAGGUAGCUUUUGAACCUAAAAAUAAUUACAGAUAAAUGAUUCUGAAUGUUCAGCCUCCUUGUCCUCUGCAACAUAACAUUAGCCCACAGUUGCCAUAUGAGACAUCUGUGGUUUUCCUGUGAACAAGCUCCACAUCUGCUUUUCUAUUGAAACAUUUCAUCUUUGUCCCAGUCACUGCCACCAUCUUCUGUGAUGUCAGACUAACAGUAUGUAUGUAGCUGUCUAAAAAAUGACAUUGUUCAUCCCUGAUAUGGCUGGUCGUCUGUUUUUGCUCAUCCUCCUUUUCGAUACCUUCCAGUACCUCAAAGCCAAAGACCUUCCUCAGCUGACAGUGAGUUCUACAGUCAUCAGAGAGACAGAAUCAGUUCAGCUGAGUUGUGAGACUCCUCCAUCUCUGCCUGUGUCUCACUGUUACUUCUACAUAGAGGGGAGGAAGAAUCUUCCAGACUCAUCCUGUACUCAGACAAUAACAGGAACAGAGCUGCUCAAGAGGGCAGAUCAAACGUUUCCAGAUGUGGUCAAAGUGACGUGUUACUAUGCUGUAAGGAGAUCUCACACAUCUCCUUUAAGUGACCCUGUCUCAGUCACUGUUCUGGAUCCAAAACCAGACAUUACAGUCCAUUUAGAUGAGGACUUCACCAUCAUCUGUUUGAUUCAUGAAUCCUUAAGUCCUGACACCACCUGUAGCCUGUAUGUUGGAGAGGAGAGUCAGCCAUCCUUCACAGCACCGAUCAAGAAGAGAAAAGCCACCUCAGCAUCCGGACAACAGUUCUGUCAAUUCACUCCAAAACAUAGUGAUCUGAUCAGUCGUCUACAGUCAAUGAGGCGUAAGGAGGUGAGCUGUGACUACAGAUUGAGCUCAGGACCAAACUCUCUCUCUCCACGCAGUGAUGGGCACAGCUUUGCACAUCUGGUGGGAGUUCACAUCAGCGAUCCAACAACUAUACAGACACCUUCUAUAGCAGUGGUUUUAAGUCCAGGUCCUGGAUAUACUUUGCCUCCCAGCACGACAGUGAGUCCUACAGAAGUUUUGACUGUUACUUCUACUUUGAUCCCAGACACCACAGUGAGACCAACUACCAGUUUGACCUCUCAUUUGACCCCCAGCACAGCAGUGAAUCCUACAUCAGCAAUGCAGUGUUUUAAAGGUUUGACCUCUCCUUUGGCCCCCAGCACAGCAGUGAAUCCUACAUCAGAUCCAACUGACACACCAACGAGUCCAACUGAAAGAGGUCAAAGCUCCACAGACAGCGUUGUGAAUUCAAACAGUCAAAAAAGAGUUUGGGAGGUGCAAUUAUGGCAGGCAGCAGUGUGUAUGGCUUCUGGAGUGGGCGUGUUCUUGAUGGGAUUGACAGCUGUCUGUCUCUGCAGGAGGACCAAGAAAACCAAUUCUCUGAGACCUACAUCCAGACAGGAUGAUCACAGACAAUGUGAUUUGGUGAUGGGAGCUAUGAGCAGUGCAGGCAUGUUGGAUUCAAGGGAUGCUGGGAUCUAUUCUCUCAUCACCUUUGUACCGUCCACAUUUUUGCACUCAGGUCCUGUGCAGCAAUCUGCAAAUGAAGAUGCUGAUUCAGAGAAUGCAGGGGUCUACAGCCUGAUCACUUCUGUACCAUCCACAUCUUUACCAUUAGGUCCUUUUGAAGGAAAUGGAAAGUCAUCUGAAAACGACAAUUCUGAUACGUACCAUGUAUACAGCUCAAUCCCCGACAGACCAGCAACCUCAGCCCAGCCGGAUGGGUUUUACAGUCUUCUGCAGACACACUGAAACUAUACCACUGGCUCGCGACAUACAGUGGAAUCAGGGGAUACAGGAAACUACAGUCUGAUCACUUCUGUACCAUCCACAUGAAUGCCCACUGUUGGAGUGGAUACGCAGGCAUCUCAAAAAGUACAGCACAAGUAAAAAUGAGCCAUAAUUUGUCUAAUUCACCAUCACCCAUGUGAUUGUGUUCUGCACUUCUUUAAAUUGUUCUUACCAUAUCAUUUAUAUGCAAAAUACCGUAGGCCAAAUUGUCAAAUUGUCUCUUUCUGUCUUGUAGUCUGAUAUAGACCACGUGUUCAGCUCAAUCCCCGACAGACCAGCAAACUCAUAGUGAAACCACAACUGUCACUUUCUCUAGCUACAGAUCCCAGAUACCCCUCUCAUAUAAUGUCAUAUGUCUGUUCUGCUCAACAAGUUAAAUGCUCAUCUCUCACAGGAUGCUGAAUAUAGAGCAUGUCUUGAGUUUAAUAGACAGACAAUAAGACCUUCUGUUAAACACCUACCUAUCUCUUACGCCUGUCUCUGUGAUUCUAUUUCUGGUAUUUCUAUCUCUCAUGUUUUUAUUCUGAUAAACUGAGGUGGCUUGGCUUUUUUUUCAUCUGUUUAGCUAAUUCCAUUAGGUGUCAGUUAAGCAAACUGUAAAACAACACCAACAUCCACCUUACACAUAAAAGCAACUGUUGAAGUUGAACCAAACCUCAGAUACAUUCAACUGACGCUAUGGUUACAUUUAACAUCUUUACCAGACUAUUUUAGAUAUGAAAACCCAAACUAAAUUCACCCUCUAAAAAUACCAACAUGAGAAACAUAUGAAUGCUUCUGUAAGCACCUCAAGAUGUCAACAGAAAUGUAGUGUUGUUGAGUUACAGAGCCAGACAUGGAGUCACAGCCAGAAUAUUAACUUUUGUGUGUUGCCAAUGCUGUACAUAAACCUUACUUCUUUUUAUCAGAGUUGUCGCAGUCAAAUAGGCCUCAAACAAAACAUAUGAAUUUACUCAGACAGUGAAGCUAAUGCUUUUUGGUUCAUUGUCAAAUAUUGGAGCAAAAUAUAACUACAGAACAUUGACUGAUUGACCUUCCCCCAACCUCAUGAUGUGAGACACUACUUGAUAGUUAAUGGACUUUGUUUGUGGUUUUCCUGCAAGGAAGUUUCUCAUCUAUCUCUCUAUUCAAACCGUUCUCUGAGUCACAGACACCAUAAUCCUAGUAGUUUGUGAGAGUCGAUUACUAUUGUCGGAACUAGAAGCACAAGUAUUUCGCUACACUCGCAUUAACAUCUGCUAACUAUGUGUAUGUGACAAAUAAAAUUUGAUUUGAGUCGGAGGAUCUGUGAAAAUGGUAUUGUUUAUCCCUGAUAUGGCUGGUCAUCUGUUUUUGGUCAUCCUCCUUGUCUGUGAGUUAUUCCUCCAUUCCAAGUUCUUGUAGCAUUCUACAGCUGUGGUAAGUUGAUGUCUCAUUUUAUCAGUCCAUUCUACUUUGAUUUGAAUGUUAUUUUUUUGCCUAGAGGAGUAUUGCCAUUACUACUAAAUAAGUUCAAUUGAAAUUAGAUGUCUGAUCUGAAGUAAUAAUGUCAUGAGCUUGUGUGAAUAGUUACUAACAUUAUGUUACUAUAGAACUGUGACUCAUGCCAAUCUAUACUGGUUUUGAAAAAAAUUCAAUUUUUUGUUAUUUCUAGAUACCUUUCAAUUCAUCAAAGCACAAGGUCAGUAUCAUCAUGGUCAAAUAACUUGACAUGGACAAACAACUCAAGCAUAGUUUGGUAACUCUUUUUCUAAUUUGGCACACAGAAACUAGAGGCCAUGAGUAAUUGGUCAAAAAGAUUGGCCUAUAGGUGGAGCUGUUAUAAGAAGACUCACUUAAACCCUCAUAUCCGCUGCCCCGUUUGACCUAGAGCAGGAGUGUCAAAUAUACAGCUGGUUUGAGUGAGGAAAAACAAACUC